AUGGAUUAUGGGGAGAAAGCAAACAACGACCAGCAGAGGAAGGGCAGGGUUCGAGAAGAAUCUGAUCCUUUGUAUGAACCUGAAGAUGCUGUACUUGAUGGGGAACAAGAGGCCCAAAGAGAAUCUCCAUGCCACCUGUUGGCCAAGACUGGUUUUGGUGAGCCUGUGAAGCAAGCGGUUGCUCAAAUGGACGCCGCCAUGGCUCAGCCUACACCAGAAGGGGAACAACCAGUGACUCCUGCUGAAGCUGUUGCUCAUGUUUUGCCAUCAAGUAAAUUUCUUCGAAAUGUUGGCCUUGAGCCAGCAGCCCCAAAGAGAAGCCCUACUGCUGCUGCACGUGUACAGGAGUUGGAGGUUGAAGUUGUGGCAGAGAAGCUAGGUGCUGCGGCACUUAGAGAUCAACUUCAUGGCCAGUAG